AUGGCAGCAGCUGCUUCCCCUGGUCAGCUCUCAGAAGAGCAGAUCAUCUGUUCAAUAUGUCUGGAUAUUUACACCAGCCCGGUCUCCACUCCCUGCGGACACAACUUCUGCACAGAGUGUAUCGGACGCUGUUGGGAUCAGAGUGAUAGUAUCCAAUGCCCGCUCUGUAAGAGGAAAUAUGACAGGAGACCUGAUCUCAGCAUUAACAGAGUCUUGGCUGAAAUCUCAGAGAACUUCAGACAAGCCAAGGGGAGCAGUUCAGGACAAAGCUAUGCUGGACCUGGAGAUGUGCCGUGUGAUUUCUGCACUGGGAGAAAAUUCAAAGCUGUGAAAUCCUGUUUGACGUGCCUGGUCUCUUACUGUGAAACACACGUCAAGCCACACUUUGAGAUUGUCACGUUGAAGAGACACAGACUGGUCAGUGCCACUAGGAAUCUGGAGCAGAAACUCUGCAAGGAGCACCAACGGGUUUUGGAGGUCUACUGCCGGACUGAUGGGACUUCUAUUUGCUGGCUGUGCACUGAAGAGAAACACAGGGGCCAUGAUACAGUCUCAGCUGAGAAGGAGAGAGCUGACAAGCAGAAGCAGCUGGGAGAGACACAGACAGAUAUACAACAGAGAAUCCAGGAGAGACUGAAAGAAGUGGAGGAGCUGAAACAGGCUGUGGAGAGCGUGAAUAGAUCAGAACAGAGGGACAUGGAGGUGAACCAGAAGAUCCGAGCUGAGCUUAUCCAAUUCAUUGAGACUUUCUGGGCUGAGGUGACCAAAGAGAUUGAUACCAAGAGCAGAGCAGCCGUGAAGCAGGCUGGAGGACUUGUGAAGAAACUGGAGCAGGAGAUUGCUGAGCUAAGGAGGAGAAAUGCUGAGCUGAAACAGCUUUUAGAGACAGAGGAUCACAUCCAGUUUCUACAGGAAGUCCAGAUUCUCCCUGAGCCUCCAGAUCUUAAAGACCUCUCCAGCUUGACUGUGAAUACAGAGACUCCUGCCAGCAUUGCCAACCAGGCUGUGUCUGAACUUAAACACCUCAUUGAGGACAUCUGCAAGGAGGAACUCGUGAACAUAACCAGAACAGUCAGUGAAGCAGAAGUGUUCACCCUGGUACCUGGGAAGAGUGGAGGGCGUUUAGAAGCUAUUCAGCAGGAAUGUCAGCAGCAGUCAGAGACUCAGCCACGCUUCUCUUCUCCUUUGCCACCUCCAGCACCCUUGCAUAGGGGCAAAACCUCUUUCAAAGUCUGUGCCCUCUAUGACUAUGAUGCUGAGGACGAAGAUGAACUCACAAUUAAAGAAGGAGAAAUGAUCACGGUUCAUGAUGACAGUGACCUGGGGUGGUGGUCAGUAGAGACUCACAGAGGAGUUGGACUGAUUCCUGCUAACUACGUAACAACCAACCUAAACCCACAAACCCAACCAGUGUUUGGAGCCGCAGGUAAAGACAAGAAAUGUGAAGUGACUCCCAGUGCUGACAGCCAAGCCCUGAGGAGUGACUCUGAGUGGAGGAUUGUGCUGCUGGGGAAGACUGGAGCAGGGAAGAGUGCUUCAGGAAACACCAUCCUGGGGAGAGAGGAGUUUGAAUGUAGACCUUCCUCCACAAAUAAGGAGUGCAUGAAGAGGGAGGCUGUUAUUGAUGGGAGAUGGGUUUCUGUCAUCGACACGUCAGGCAUGCUUGAUAAAACCUGCUCCGAUGACGAAGUUCUACAAGAGAUGGUGACGCUUAUCUGUCUGUCUUCUCCAGGACCUCACACUUUUCUCCUGGUGCUCCAUCCAGGAGGAGUGACUGAAGAAGACAGAGAAGCAGUGGAGGUGAUCCAGGAAGUUUUUGGUGAUGAAUUUGCGAGCAACACGAUCGUCCUUUUCACUCUCGGGGACCACCUGAAAGACAAAAAGAUUGAGGAGAUUCUGACAGCUGACCAGGAGCUCCAGCAGCUUGUUCAAAAGUGUGGGAACAGGUGUCACGUCUUUGACAACAAGAACAUGCAAGACCGUACCCAGGUGAGACAGCUCUUCAAGAAAAUAGAGACAAUGGUGGAGGCCAAUGGAGGAGGCUACUACACCAACAAGUUAUACCAGGGCGCUGGAGAAGGACUUGGAUUAACAGAAGAGAAAAUAAUGGUGAAGUACGCAAUGGAGUUGAGCAAGAAGGAAGAGGAGCUGAAAGUCAAGUAUCUGAAGGAGUCCAAGAAGCUGAAAUCGCUGGAGAUGAGGAGAAGGUUGGAGGAGAAGUAUGAGAAAGAACUGCAUCUUUUCAGGUUCAUGUAUCAAGAAAAAUCUGACAGGGUGAAAGAAGAAGUACUCUAUGCUGUCCUUUCUGAAAUUAAACCUAAACGCAGAUGCGUAAUACAGUGAACAGCACUAAAGAGUGGGUUAGAAUUGGUGUCAUUUGGACACUCUCUUUGUGAUAUAAGAUGUCAUCUCAUGCAGUUUGGGUGAGACGACCUUGACGCUAUGCAAUAAGAGACACCCAACACACAAUGUAUAAAUUCACAAUAAAUCACACAAAUGAAGUCUGUACACAGGAUUAUCAUUAAAACAUUCAUCCCCCCCUCUCUGGGUCGUGAAAUGGUUCAGUCCAGAAUCAACAACCACGGUCCCUGAAUGAAGCACGCAGGCCUACAGGUGCUGUGUAAUGCCGAGACAAUUUAUUAAACAAAAGUGCAGCCGGAGAAACUUGCACCAGAAGCAUUAAAGGACUAAUGCUCAGACUGUGGCGAUUUCAUUUCUUGCUUUUGUAUUUUAGCAAUGUGUGUAAUAUUUCCUUAAAGGUACCAGUGUAAGGUUUGUGGUUAGUAAUUAUAAUUAUAGUUAUAUCAAAUAUACUAAGCCUUGUAAUAAUUACUAGCGAAUAAUAGAGACAAUAACAGCAGUGAAUUUAUUAUAAUCAAAUUACACGGUUUAUUAAGUAACAAUAUCCAUUAGUUAUUGAUAACACAGAAACAAUAUACUCCUAGGUGAAAUAUACUAGUCACUUGGUUUUAAAUGAUUACAGAAUAGGUGCAAUAGGUCCCAUUGAAAAUGCUCUGCCUAAAAGGAACAGGAACUUCACUUAAAAGAACACUUUUUUGGCACCGCUAGUGAUUCAUCACUACCGAUUCAAAACUGAUACAGCACUGUUUUGUACCUGAUAACUCAUCAUCACCAUCAAAUUCAAACUUUUCAAAACUGGCUUGUCACCGCGAGAGUAAUCUAGAGCUGCUGCUGCUGCAUUUACCGUGUGUGGGGCUGUGCUGUGUUAAUAACCACUGUGUUAACAUUCAUUCUCGUUUUCAUAAUUACUGUUAGAGCUGCUGCAUUUUUACCAUAUGUAGGGGUGUUUUGUUAAUGUAGUUUGUCAGUCAGUUUAUUAACAUAUGCUUGCUUAUUACUUAUUCUGUUCAUUUCAUAUGUUGAUGCACGUGUGCCACAACAUCAUAAAUAGAUUUUGUAUUUAUUGAUUCAUAUCAUGAUUGGCAUAUUGUGUCCAGUGGUCAACUCUGUCUUAGAGAACACUAACACGCUUGUGAUUUACAUGAUCACAUUCCUACCACCUGAUAUUACACGAAUGACUGAUUGUUUUCAACAGCAGUAUUUCCUGUGUUAGCAGGGUACAUGUUCUUGACCUCAACUGAAGUACACCCAGUUUAGACCUUUUCUCCUCACGAGACAAACACACAACAUGAUUCUUAAUACUGACCCUUCUUUACAGCAGGUAUGGGCGUGUUUGCUUUGUUUAGAUUUUUCAACAUUGGAAUCAGGUGUGGUGUUCUAUGCAUGGGAUGACAUCUUUACACAGGAUAAGAGGUGCUGGAAUUUUGGCAAAUACUUCACUGUGAUUGGUUCAUUUCUGAUACACGAUUUAGAAUGGUCCUAACUCAAAAGCAGAUCCAGUUGUGGGGAAAUUUGAUAUUAACAUUAUUUAGUAUAAGUUUUUGCGGCUUUUAGAUACUUGGGAUAUAGGGGGUGUCUGCCUCUCCUUACCUUUGUCUAUCUGUAUGUAGUGAGAGGCUAUAUAAGAAGUCAGUUAGGAAUAGGUUAGUGAAAAGCAGUAGAAGAUCCAUCAGUUCCACUGUCCUUCGUGUGCUUCCACUCUUCCAGAAGGGGAAGGUAAUUGAUCCCUAUCUUUCUUCUGUACUGCACUGCAAAUGCUUUUAUAGCCUGUGUAACUGCAUGAAGUAAACUGCUUGUGUUUUCUUUCUGUAUACUGGAGUUCUGUAACCCACUGUGUUGGGAUUAAAUAAAAGAGUUAAAA